CGCAGCCCUGCCCUGCCCCGCUUCCGGCGCCUGGGCCCCGCUUGCAGCGUCAUCCUGAGGGGCCGGUUUGAAUGAGCCCCUGAGGCCGGGACGCGCCGGAGCUGCCGCCCGCCCCGUGCUGAGCUCGCGCCGCCUCGGGGCCGUUCUCCGCUCGCCAUGCCGCUCUUCUCAGUUAAUGUAAAAUGGGGAAAAGAGAAAUUCGAUGGCGUAGAGUUGAAUACUGAUGAACCUCCAAUGGUAUUCAAGGCACAGCUUUUUGCAUUGACUGGAGUUCAGCCAGCCAGACAAAAAGUUAUGUUGAAAGGAGGAACUCUGAAGGAUGAAGAAUGGGGCAACAUCAAAAUAAAGAACGGGAUGACCUUAUUAAUGAUGGGUUCUGCAGAUGCACUGCCUGAGGAACCAGUAGCUCGACCUGUCUUUGUAGAAGAUAUGACAGAGGAACAGUUAGCCUCAGCUAUGGAAUUACCAUGUGGUUUGACAAACCUUGGCAACACUUGUUACAUGAACGCUACAGUUCAGUGUAUCCGCUCCGUGCCAGAAGUGAAAGAGGCCCUUAAGAGAUAUGCUGGUGCUUUAAGAGCUUCAGGAGAGAUGGCAUCUGCUCAGUAUAUUACUGCAGCUCUUAGAGAUUUGUUUGAUUCUAUGGAUAAAACUUCCUCCAGUAUCCCACCCAUCAUUCUCCUGCAAUUUUUACACAUGGCUUUCCCACAGUUUGCAGAGAAAGGAGAUCAAGGCCAGUACCUUCAACAGGAUGCCAAUGAAUGCUGGGUACAAAUGAUGAGAGUACUACAGCAAAAGCUUGAAGGAGUAGAAGGUGAUGCUGUUAUGGAGGUAACAGACUCAGGAGCUCCAGCAGCAGCUUCUAAAAAGAAGAGCUUAAUUGAUCAGUUCUUCAGCGUUGAAUUUGAAACAGCCAUGAAAUGUACAGAAGCAGAAGAGGAGGAUGUAACUAAAGGAAAAGAAAAUCUGCUUCAGCUUAGCUGCUUUAUCAAUCAAGAAGUUAAAUAUCUUUUUACGGGACUCAAACUGCGUCUUCAAGAGGAAAUCACCAAACUCUCUCCAACACUGCAGAGAAAUGCUCUCUACAUCAAAUCUUCCAAGAUCAGUCGCCUGCCUGCCUACCUGACUAUUCAGAUGGUUCGAUUUUUUUACAAAGAGAAAGAAUCUGUGAAUGCCAAAGUUCUCAAGGAUGUUAAAUUUCCACUUAUGUUGGAUGUGUAUGAACUUUGUACACCAGAACUUCAAGAAAAAAUGGUCCCAUAUCGGUCAAAAUUCAAGGACCUAGAAGACAAAAAAGUAAAUCAACAGCCAAAGAACUCUAGCAAAGGUGAUGGGGUACAGAAAGAAGUUAAAUAUGAACCAUUUUCCUUUCCUGAUGAUAUUGGUUCCAACAACUGUGGUUAUUAUGACCUGCAAGCAGUACUAACACAUCAGGGAAGAUCUAGUUCCUCUGGUCACUAUGUAUCAUGGGUUAAAAGGAAACAAGAUGAAUGGAUCAAGUUUGAUGAUGACAAAGUCAGCAUUGUUACACCUGAAGACAUUUUGAGGUUAUCUGGGGGCGGAGACUGGCAUAUAGCUUAUGUUCUACUCUACGGGCCUCGCAGAAUUGAAGUAAUUGAAGAUGAAGCUGAACAGUAGUCUUCAUUUUUUGUCAUUUCUGCCUAGGUGUGAAAUAAAUGAUUACUGAUGAUUUCUUUAACCCCA